AUGUCCGACAGCUCUGCUUUGUCCGAGGACCUGGACAUAGAUGUGGUCGGGGGUGAUAUAUCCGGGAAGGACGGAAAGUACCUUCACGACUUCAACUUGGACAAUGACUCGGACGAUAACUAUUCACACAACGCGGCGGACGGGGUUCCCUCUCCAGGACAUAGCGGCUCGGAGUGUCCCCCGGAUCAAACGGACCCUAGCUCGGGAGCAGGCUCUGGCGUAGGCGACAAUAAACUCCGAAAAAACGCACUGGUGAAGCCGCCCUACUCCUACAUAGCGCUCAUCACCAUGGCCAUCCUGCAGAGUCCCAAGAAGAGGCUGACCCUGAGCGAGAUCUGCGAGUUCAUCAGCAGCAGGUUCCCGUACUACAGGGAGAAAUUUCCCGCAUGGCAGAACUCCAUCCGACACAACCUGUCCCUGAACGACUGCUUCGUAAAGAUCCCAAGGGAACCUGGAAACCCCGGAAAAGGCAACUACUGGACUCUUGAUCCAGACUCAGCUGAUAUGUUCGACAACGGCAGCUUCUUGCGCCGAAGAAAACGCUUUAAGAGGCACCAGAGCAACGAGAUACUCCGAGACGCGGGCGGGUAUCUGCCUGGGUUUGGAUAUGGCCCCUACGGAUACAACUACGGACUCCAGCUGCAAAACUUUCACCACAACCCUUACCACUCGCAUCACACCAGCGCUUCUUUCCCUUUCCCGGGCACCUCUCCAUGCACCUUGCCCUCGAACCCCCUCUUCCCCCCACCGCUGCCUUCUCUCUUAAGCGCAAAGCAGUUCUAUCCCCAGUUAAGUCCAUCUCUGCCCCCCAUAAAGACAGACAGCAGCCCACCGAGCCGUCCUUCCUUCUCCAUAGACAAUAUCAUCGGCGCGACUAACCCCAGCAGCUCUGCGUACAACUCCCAGCCGGGCGGACAGGCGCAAAUCUUGGCCAUGUUGACACCAAGUCUGGCCUCAGCAUCUGGACAUUUGAGCCUCACGCAGGACAGGGUUUCACCAGGAACACAGACGCAGACAUUUACGAGCAAAAGCCCCAACGUCAACACUUGUCCAUUCUAA